AUGUCUACAGAGAUCGCUCAUCUGCGAAGGAGGUUGGUCGAAUUUCUGAUUCAGAGUACAACUCAACUCAAACUUCCUCCGAUCGUUAAAUACUCAUCUCUAUCGCUCUUUUUCGAUCGGUUUCGUCCUUGUGUAGUAAGAUUAAGUGUUUGGGUUCUGAUGGUUGAUGGCUUAACGACGCAAAUGAGCUUUUGUCAUUCUUCCUCGGAUGUCUCUCGGAAGCUUCUUGAUCCUUUGGUCUGUAGGUUUUUACAGAAAAAGAAAGCACAACAUUGGCUGUUGCAGCCAUUGACAGAGAGCAAUCUGCAGCUAUUUGUGUUAAUCUCCAUAUGGAUCUCAUGCAAAAUGCACUGUUCUCGAGGAUUAUCGGUUCAGAGUAUGAAAUCUUUGGGUGAUAAAGUGAUUACAGAGCAACUCUUCACUGUUGGGGAUUUCCUGGAAGCAGAGCUAGUUUUCCUGAAGGUUCUGAGAUUUGAGAUUGGCACUUUAAAUAUAGCUUAUACACUGCUUGAAGACCUUUUUAUUCAGUUCAAAGAAGUUGCAAAAGUGGGAGAACUGUUGAACUUUGAAGCAUGUAUGGACAUGAUGGAUCUUCUCUAUGAGAAGGAGGAGACAUCAGUUCUAUAUCAAUCUUCAACAUCUUUGGCUGUUUCCAUUUUGGUUACUUAA